CAAGUGAGGAAAAAUGAAAAAAAAAAAAAAAAAUGAGUUAUCGCCUGUGGAUCGCCUCAAAGAGAGCAGCAGAGCAUGUCAGUAUACUGGAGACUAUGACAAGGUAAGCAUACGUGGUCCCUCCCGCUUCCCGACACGGUGCUGAGCGUGACCUGCCGCACCAUCAGACGGAGUGAAGGAGCCGCGCGCAUUUAGCUGGUAGGGAGUGCAGCUCGCCCUGGGGUGGCUUCAGUGACUUGUUGGCUUCGUGGCAAGAUUUCACAACAACAAUACAAAUACUGAUUCAGAACGAACCGCGCUUCUCAAGAAAGAUGGUUCUGGUGGUGUUGGUGAUGAGUGUGAUGGUGAUGGUGGCAGGAGCAGUGAAUACCAUUCCCAGCAGAAAGUUCACCAAACAGGACAUGACACAGGUGGAAGGAGGAAUACAGUUGGUGUCCAAAAUGGUACAAACAAGCAUAGAGUGCAGUGCCCUCUGUACCAGCAUGGACUGCCUUGACUACACCCUCACCACCUCCAGCCACUGCACCACCUACUCUUCUGUCACUCAAACCAUUGGCGAUGCUGAGACGAGACUCUAUUCUGCCUACAGGCAGCUAGGUGAGGCUUGCAGAGAUGACUCUCUUUGUGCUGGAAUAUCACAUGCUGCCUGUGUGGGUGGCAACUGUAGUUGUGUGCCGCCAGCCUUUCCUGACGAUGGAGGGAGCUGUACAAUCUUUAACCUUGGAGUGUCCUGCAGUAGUAAUGAGCAGUGUCAGGGAACAGUCAACAACACUGUUUGCUCUGAGGGUACCUGCCAGUGCAUCUAUGGCCUCACUCCUGACUUCAACAACAACACCUGCUUGUACACUGCAGCAGCAAAGGGGGAGGCCUGUGCUGUAGACACCCAGUGCACCUUGACACAAUAUAACGUCUGCCUCAAUGUCACAGAAGGCAUGUGUGUCUGUACCCCUGGAGCCAUUGAUGAGGGAGACUCCUGCAGGGCUUUGAGUCUCGGAGAGGCCUGCACCUCCACCAUAGAGUGUGUAGUUGGCAUGAAUAACAGCACAUGUGUUGGCGUGUGCCAGUGUGCAGAAAAGUUCUUGCCUGCAGACAACAACACCAGGUGCCAGUAUGACUAUGCUAGUGGAGGAUUCACAGCUGUUGGAGGGCGCUGGGCACUGUUUAUGACAUUUGUCCCUAUGAGCUGGGAUGCCCUGUGGAUCUUCUGUUGGGCAAUUCAGGCCAAGAUGUUUACACCAAAGAAUGCAGCUGAGUUUGAACUGAUGAAGACAGAGGGAAGCGAGCAUGACCUGCUGGGAAAUUUCUAUAUACCAAUUAAUGACAAGAAUGGACAACUCCUCUGGGACAAUGGAUCCUCUGCUACUGGUGUCUCUUUCCUGCCCUGGCAAGGUGGUGUGGAGGGAACAAAAAACUUCCUGUCUUUCUUUCCCAAUUGUGGUUUUGUGGCAAAAAUUUCCCCCUUUCUCAUGGCACCUUACUGGGAAGUCAAACUCACUGGAUGCCUGGACUUGUCAAGCUCAAUGGUUUCAUGUGAGGCUACAAUGAACUGAUGAAUUUCAGCAGGUUUUGAGGAGCUUGGUCAAAAUUUCAUCUACAUUGGUAACAGCAAAUUUACACCAAAUACUGUCAAGAAGGAAAAUAACCUUGAUAUUUAUGAAUCCUAACUUCUUUUUUCCAGGGUAUAUUACUGUGUGCACAUCACUUGUGUUACUUGCAAAUUCAUUCUGGGGAGCAAAUUCACUUCAGGGAGGAAGUGGGUGAAGGGUAGGCAUAUUCAAAUAGCCUAUAAAUUGCAGGGACAUUGAGACAUGUUGCUUUCCUGGGAGAAAUAGAAAGUAUUGAUCCUAGAAAAGCCAUAAGGUGACUAAGAUUACCACAUCAACUUUUUUCAGUGAAUGCUUUCACUGUCGGACAAUUUUUCCCAUAAAGUGUUUUCAACACUUGUUUUUGUAUUACAAUGUCUUAGAUAGUUAUGUUGUCUAAAAGGACAAAAUUAACCUACUCUCUCUCUCUCUCUCUCUCUCUCUCUCUCUCUCUCUCUCUCUCUCUCUCUCUCUCUCUCUCUCUCUCUCUCUCUCUCUCUCUCUCUCUCUCUCUCUCCUAUGUCCAUGGAAACUUUAUUUAUUUCUCUGUGUUAUGAGUGUUAACAAUGACUGAUUACAACAAUAAAAAACACUGACCUCCAUUUUGUGAAGAGAUUCCAACUACUCAGCAAGUCACUGCCACAUUCCAAACUUACAUCCACAUAUUUGUCCAAACUUACAACCUUUUCCAAUUUUCAUCCCCUUACUGCCUUUAGCACAUCCUCCUUCAUGAUUAAGAACCCACUUAACUCCUUGACACAUUCAUUCCUUGCUCUAUUUCUAAUGCAACAAUCUGAUGCUCUUUAUUCACUUCCAUAUUAAGCAAUCUCUCAAGCUACUUUGCCCAUAUCUGAUGUAUAACAUCUUUCUCAGUCAGAAUCAUGUCUAUACAAUCAGUGUUCAUGCACAACUACAGUGCUAUGCUGCAAAAACUUAUAAUCUCUAUGACUCCUGGUUUCCAGGCUUUAGAUUUUCUAUCUAAAUAUUUUUACAUGAAGAAUGCACUGAGUAUGAACUGUUCUCUUUCAUGGUAGCGAAAGAUUUCUUUCCAUAACACUAUUUUGUUCACUGAAAGCACUCCAUCACAUCAAUAUUCUUUCUUGAUUUCUUAGAUAUAUCAAUAUGUCUUUCAGAUCAUGCACAUGAACAAAGUAAUGAGAUCACUUAAAUGUGGAAGUGCUAACAGAACAAGAAUGUUACCUAGUUGCAAGUUUUCUUUUUCUUUUUCUUCUAAAAUUUGAUGCUAUUUAUAAAACAUCACUUGACUUAGUUAACUGCAUUCAUUUUGCUCCAAGAGGAUGUUGAGAGGGCAGGAGAAUGCUAUCAACUUGGUUUUAUCAGCUCUUUAUACUAAGAAUAGCCAAGUUUUUUCAAGAUAUAUUUGCAUGGCUUGAAAAUAUACAAAGUACAGCACAAUCAGUCACAGUCAUUCCAUUUUAAGCAAUGUGAGAUCUGUCAGGACCAUCAACAAAUUACUUAUCUUCACCAUUAUUCUGUCCACCUUAUUAAUGCAAGAAUUAGUUAAUACCUUUAGUCUUCAAUCCCAUUCACUGUUUAACUCUGGAACUCCCAACCUGUUUCUACCUUUCUUUCCUCUUAUUAUCAUUUUAAAAGAGGAGCAUCAAGAUAUUUUCAGGACUAAAGUAGCCUUCUGAGAACUCUUUCAAUAUUCAUUUUUUUGUAAGCAGAAAAUUAAAUGAGCUCCACUUCCUGUGCCCUUGGAAAGUCUUGAUUUAUAAGAAAAGAACAGAAAAAAAAUGGACUAGCAUGGACCACAUCUUCCACUCCCUCACCACCUGACUCAGAGGAAGACAACUUGGCCCCCCAUUGCUCUAAUUCCUUUUGUCUGUUUGUUGCACAAAUACCACAUCAUUUACAGUUUCAUCUGAUUGUUAAACCAUUUACAUUUCAACAUAUUUCCAAUUUUAACUUACAAGCAUAUGAUAGCUUGCUUAUGUACUUGUAAUGUGAGCUUCACUAAUAGCUUGUUUGUUUGAUAUUACAUGUCUAUGUGUUCCCAUGCACCCAUGGAGCAGAAUCACAGCUAUUAACAUUACUCCUUAUUGGAAUAUUCAAAUUAUGCCAUAUUCAACUUCCACAUACUGUUGGCAAUUAUAACCUUGCAUGGAUUAUAAGGUGAAGAUAACUAUCUCUUUGAAAGCAGAGGUUGUCUUAUACUCUUACUUAGGCUGAAAUUACACAUUUUUACUAAGUUUCACAGGUGUUGUCUUAAAAUGAGUGAGCUGUGUGUGUGCUGUGUUUGGUAAAAUUCAUGGUGUCUAGUUUCAUAAUGUUUCAAGUUAAAAAUGGACUUAUUUGAAAUGUUCCAAGAAACCAUCCAUAUUUCUAGGGUUAAUAGGUAUUAGAUAUGUGUAAUGAAGGAUAAUGACUAGAUGGCACAUUAAUCAGCGUGUUUGAUUUUUUCUUGCUCAUAGAAAUGUAAAGAGAAGUGAGGGUGGAGGUAGCAAAUGUGUCACCAAACAGCAGGAUGAGAGCAUUGGUGUUGAGCACAUACCAACACUCACUUCACCCACA